CCUAGCAGUUGUAGCUCCACCUGCGUGUUGGGCCCCCCGGCUCUGUGUGUGCGUUGCACCUUCGCAACAAUCAUGGCCCGUGUGUGGUGGCUGAGCUGGAUCUUCGUCCGUGUGCAAGGUGAUGGGGAGUUCUUGGUGACGAGUCCAAGUCCAGACGUGAGCAGCGUGAGCAGCGUGGAGCCCACAUCCGGCUACAUCGGGGGCUGCAACCCCUUCCAGGGAGUCCGCUACUUGCGGAUCUCGAACGGCCGGGAAAUUCCACGCUGGCUUUGUUCUGCCAGCUGGGACAUUUACGAGGUGGAGCUCACCGAUAGCACCGGUGCGCGGCUGGCGCCCUCUGCAUCGACCAUGACCGGGGUGAGCGACGACCACCCCGUCAGCAACGUGGUCGAUGGGGACCGGAGCAGCUUUCAUGCGGGCGAUUGGGAUAUUGGGCUGGGCUGUUCCUGCUGGGAUGACUCGAAGAUCGGAAGCCAACAAGUCGAUCUGGACUUGGGGACCCUCACGCAAGUGGCGCGGAUCGUCAUCGUGCAGGGUGGCGACACUGACCCCUGGAGUGUGGGCAACCUGCGCAUCGAAUGCGGAGACAUGUCGAUGGCCUUCGACCCUGCAGUGAUGCAGUUUGAGAUUUCCCGGGCGGUCACCACCAUCGAGUGCACGGCUCAGGGCUGCAGGGCGGAACUCUCAACGCCUUACCUCGACAUUUGCGGUGCUUGCCGCUGCGGAACGCUGACUGCUGUGGGCUUAGCGCUGCUGGCACUACUCUUUGGGUGAAUCGCAUCACAAAAGUGAUGUGUCUCCAGGUUUCGUGAACAUUUUGUUUCUUUUUGUGGUCUGGGAGUUCUGGCUUCAAAAGAAGCAGGGACAUUUCAAUUGAAGGCCCCACGCUUGUGAAUCGAUCUUUCAGUCUCGUCAUCGCGCUCUGCGGAGCAAUUCCUUCCCGAUCUACAGAAACCCCACCUACGCGUGCUGAAUCGAUUC